GUGGCUGGAGUCAGUGAGUGGCUAGCCCCUGAGGUGGAAACAUGUCUCGGCUCAACAGAGAGGUGACACUGGCCACACGCAUCCUGUGUGACAGUACAGGCUCCAUGCAGCUCCUGCAGCUGCACCGGAAGCUGCUGCAGCGCUGCGGCAUCACAGAGGAGGACCUCCGGUACAUGGUCCGGGAGUGUUCUCGUUUCCUGCUGGUCCCGGGUUCGGCGGACCACGGCUUGGAUCGGCUGCAGGACUACAUCGUGGUGGCUAAAACCUCCCUGCGGUUGUGUAGGAGGUACCUGAGCGAGCAGUGCGCAGGCUGCGAGGACCUGCACCUGUGCAGGUACUACGUCUACGGGAACUGCAAGUUUGGCAAAGGCAGGAAGCCAUGUAAGUUCUCCCAUGACAUUUGCUCUGAUCACAACUAUCCUCUGCUGAGAGAAUGUACACUCCAUGAGCUGAAAGAAGACGAGCUGUUCCUGUUGCUGCUGCAGAAUGACCCGGCACUGCUGCCAGAGGUGUGUUUGCAUUACAACAAAGGCUCAGGCCCACACGGCAGCUGCACCUUCAAGGAAAACUGCACCAAAGUCCACAUGUGUCUCCACUUCAUCCAGGGACUCUGUGUGUUUGGGCCUAAAUGUAAAAAGUUGCACACUGUUGAUGAGCACGGCCGCCGCAUGCUGCAGGAACGAGGUCUGAGCAGUGACAUCAUCAACGACCUGCCUGUUAUCUACCAGAACAUCCACCACCUGACCAGCGCCGUUGCAGAAGAUAUUCCUGAUUCUGCGGGUGAAUGUUUGGAUGAGCCUGACAGCUUUGAGGACAUCUGUCUGCACUUUAUCAGAAACAGCUGCAGGUUUCAAGAAAAUUGCCACCUUGUUCACUUUCAUUUGCCGUAUAAGUGGCAAGUACACGAUGGAGACACCUGGUUGGAUCUGCUUUACAUGGAGGACAUUGAACAAGCUUUCUGUGACCCUUCUAAAACACAAAGCUCUGGCCCUCAGCUGGUGGACUUCCUGUCAAUGACUAUGGAGUCACAGCCUGUUCGGCGACUCUCCACGGUUUCCUCUGUGAAAAGGCCACCUCACUACACCAUGACGACAGAGUGGCUGUGGUACUACAAAGCAGAGCAUGGGAAGUGGGUGGAGUUUGGACAACUGGAUGACAAGCUGAGAACCACAUCAGUGUCCUCCAGGAGUCUGGAGGAGGCAUUUCUGUCCAACAGAGAAGCUGAGGUCCCAGUAGUCAAAGGUCAGCGGCAGUACAUCAUCAGCUUCAAAGACAUGUAUCAGAGAAACCCCAAACACAACACCAAGAGGAAAAUUCGUCGUCGUCCUCGCUUCAUGUCUCCAUCUGAGGUGGAGAGACAAGCAGCUCAGUAAAUGAACCAAUCUGGACCAGAACCAAUGCCUUACCUGACUUUAACAGAUGUGAAGUCGGUUUUAUUUGAACCUGAAUUGUCUUGUUUUCCUGUUUUCAGACAUUUGACUUCUGUUAUUACUGACAUAUGAGGCUCGUCUCAUUUCCUUACUUUGUUUUUUCUUGACUCCUUGCUCAUCCUUUUCAGUGAUUAGACCUGGGAUGUAUUAAAGUCUCGAUUAAUAAAAUCUAGGCAGGAUUCAGAACCAAAAAUUCAGAAGAUGUAUGACAUUAAAAAUGAUCAAAUGUAUGAUCAAAUUUGGAAAUGUAAAACUUAAAAAAAAAAAAAAAAAAAAAGUAGAACACAUCUUCAUAGCCUACUUGACAAAUGCCAUGUGGAGAAU